GUUGGAUAUUGUUGUUUGGCAUUGAUGUUAGAUAUUAUCAGCCAUUGUUGUUAGACAUUGUAGUUGGACGUUGGUAAACAUUGUUACACAUUGUUGUUGGACAUUGUUAGACAUUGUUGGACACUCACGCUCCACUCUCCACCCGCAGGGAGCGCACGGUCUCGAAGCCCAACUCCAUCACGUUGCUGCACUCGGACGUGAACUCAUGGCGGCGGCCCUGGAAGCACUCCUCGUCGAACACGAUGAUCUACACCAGAGAGGUCACAGAGUUAGAGCGUCCUGGUCAUUGCUGUUCCUAAUGAAGUGGCCAUAGAGUGCGGCGCUCUUCACCCACCUUCCAGUGUCCAGAGAACUUGGUGCAGUGGUGAGUCAUGAUGUCUGCAAGCAGAGACACGGGUCAGAACCAGGAAGCCACGUUAGAAAAGUUCUAAAGAAGCACAACUAUCCCAACCAGACUGUCAGGGUCUGUUUGCAUUGGGGCCCAUCUUCACCUGCAUGGGAGCUUCAUUUUUGACCCCACGCUGGGGGUCCAGGCACUGCUGAAUGAGGGGGUCUGGGCGGGCGAUGGGCACUCACCUUACUCUGAUGAUCUUUGCUGCUGACAGUGAGAGCAGCCUGGCGCCCCCUCCCUUUUAAAGCCUCCCCUGGCAGGAGGCCAUCCUGAAAGGCCCGCUCAGCAGAGGGGCGUGGCCUUGCCUCCUUUGUGCCCCCCCAACAAAGGUGGCUUUAAUCCGUGGACCACUAGAAAUGCAGACGCCACAUUAUCAGAUGGGAAGGGGACGGCGACCUGGCACCUGAGGACCGCCGUGUGGACGAUGAUGAAGACCUAGCAUGCAAAUGAGCUCAUUAGAAGCCCCCAAAGCUACACCAGCCUGAAAUGCCGCGCUCAGCGCUUUCCUUUCCUGGUCAAAGUGCUUACAGGCUUCCAGGCCUUGCCAUGACCCGCUUGGCUUUGGCCCGAUCCGACUGUGAUGACAAAGCCUUUCUUUUGUGCCGGCGCCGUCCGCGCUCCACCUUUGCCAGACUAUAUAAGCCGGACCGGAGCUGGACGACACCAUCUUGGUUCAGUCUGCCUCACGCCGCACUGCAGGACAGACCCUACCCAGACUCACCUGAAGCCCCCCGCCAUGUCUCAAAUCGCCAAGACCGCCUCCAGCCUGGGCUCCGACCCCAAGGACAAGGGAGUCCCGACCCCGGCCGCCUCCAGCAAGGCCACCAAGACGGGCGAGCCCGGCGCCGGGUCCUUCAGGAUCAUGCUGUUCGACCAGGAGAACUUCCAGGGCAGGAUGGUGGAGCUCCAGAGCGAGUGCGUCAACAUUUGUGAUCGAGGCCUGGAUCGGGUCAGAAGUCUCAUCGUGGACAGCGGCCCCUUUGUUGCUUUUGAGCAGACCAACCUCCGUGGCGAGAUGUUCAUCCUGGAGAAGGGAGAGUAUCCUCGCUGGGACACCUGGAGCAACUCCUACCGCAGCGACUGCCUCAUGUCGCUCAGGCCCAUCCGCAUGGACAGCAUGGAGCACAAGAUCUGCCUGCACGAGCUCUCUGACUUCAAGGGCAACAAGAUGGAGAUCCAGGAGGAUGACGUUCCAACCCUGUGGGCGCACGGCUUCUGUGACAGAGUGGGCAGCGUGAGGGUGCCCGGAGGAGCGUGGGUGGGCUACCAGUACCCGGGCUACAGAGGCUACCAGUACCUGUUUGAGAGUGGAGACUUCCGGCACUACAACGACUUCUCGGCCCUGCAGCCUCAGAUCCAGUCGGUGCGUCGCAUCAGGGACAUGCAGUUCCACCAGAGAGGUUGCUUCACCUUCACCUCCUCCAGCAAGUGAGCCACACCCGCUGGUGCAGCUUUUUACCCUCCACUGACUCCUUUCUCUCCAUCCCGGGAAAGACCACGGACUUUUUAUGGUGCUAACUAAUAAAACACGUUGUGGAACAAAAACAAUCAAACCUCCGGCCUGCUUCGCCUUUUACCUUUUACUCCAUCACACCUGGCGUGAUGUCAUUGCAUGUGAGACAGGUGUCAACAUAGUUCCAUGUACCUGGGGAGUUGGACGUGCGUACCCACGGUCACCAGGGCGGGAUUCAAGAUGGCCACAUCUACGGAAGCUAUUUUUUUGCCUUUGCCUUGUCUGAAAUAAACAAGUUACG